AUGUUUAAACGAAAGUCGCUGUCAUCGUCUUCUCAACCAAUAACAAUUCCAGAAAAACCAACAUCACCUACAACACCAUCACCAAACGAAAAUGAUGCCUAUCGUAGAUCCCAAUCCGUUUCAUCAAUGUCAAAUGCCAACACUGACAGCUCAUCACAAGAAUCAAAUACAACAACAACAACAACAAAGCGAGGAACCCUCACCAUUACCAGUAGUUCUGCACUAUUAACUGAAUUAAAUAAUAAUUUAGCCAAUGCUGCUAACAUUUCGUCUACUAAUUCGUCCAACAACAUUUCGUCUAAUUCUUCCUCUUCUUCGAAUAAUACCCUAAAAGAAAGAAAGAAAAGUCUUUCAUCAUUGAAAAGUAUGCUCACUCCAAAGAAAUUAUCUUCAUCUUCCUCUAAUAUUUCUCAUCAAUUGAACAAUGAACAACAUGAAAAUGAUAAAAAUUCAUCACUUUUAAAUAUGAAACCGAGAGAAAGUUCAAACUCAAGUUUGGGAUCUGCACUUGUGAAAACACCUCUACAUUUACUUUUUCCAUCAAAAACAUCAUCUUCUACUUCUAAAAUAUCAGAAACUGGAUUAUCUGGAACUGGUGAUUUUUCUGACACGGACGAUUUGUCAGAGGUUGGAACAGAUAUUAGUGAAGAUCAUGAUUUGAAGGAAUUAAAGGAUAGUAUUCAAGGAUUUGAAAAGGAACUUUCUCAAUUGAAUACAAUGUCAUCCUCUCCAAAAUCAAUUUCACCAACCACAAUGAACUCUACAGAAUCAGGUAGCGUUCCAAAAGCAAGUAUUAAUACAUUUACAUCAACAUCGACUAGUGGAGCAACUGCUACCACUCCAACUAGAGGAAGGGCUGUAUCAGAAGCACAAAAGAAAAAGAAGAAGGACGAUGAGAUGGAUGUUUUGAGUUUCCUUCAGGAUUGGGAAGAGGAAAAGAAGAAGGAUGAUGUACCAACUAGUUCAAGAAAACAAUCAGUUCACGCAGCAAGUAAUAGUCUCGGAGGUGGAGCAAUGGCAGCUACUUCAAUAGGAAAUGCUGUCAAUGGUGGAAGAAAUCGUUUCAAUACCUUGACUGAAAAGUUGAAAAAGGUCUAUUAUGACCAUAAGAAAAAGGAGGAAGAGGAAGAAUCUGAUGGAGAUUCAGAUGAUGGAGAAAGUGCAUUCUCUUCAUUUGGUGGAAAGCAUGUUAAUAUUCUUGGUCAACUUGCGGAAGAAUACAAAGGAAUGGAAUCAGUUGCUGUUAUUGCAGCUGAAAAGGAAAGAAGAGAACAAGAACGAGUAUUUUCUCCUCUUGUUAUUUUGAGACAAUUCGAAAGAGAAAAGAAACUGACUCCAAAGUACAAGGUUGUCAAUGUUUACUUUGAAAAAGUAACAUUUAUGUAA